CUCAAUACAGCAAUUUAAUCAGCAAUCACACAUGAUGAAGACUGCUAUUUUGACCAGAGUUAGGGUCAGAUAUUACAUAGAAAUACAAAUAGUAUAGAGGGACUGGGAAGAAUGUCCGGAGACAUUGUGGGAGUGUGGGAAGUGUCACUGAGUGAUGGGGUUUACCGCAUUGAGUUUGAACACGGAACAACAACAGGGAAACGUGUUAUUUACAUAAAUGGGAAGGAGGUGUUAAGAAGAGAUUGGAUGUUAAAGCUGGUGGGCAGAGAGACAUUCCCUGUUGGGAGUACAGAUACAAAAGCAACCAUAACCAUUGAAGCAAUCAGUGGGUUUGCCUACGAGUACAAACUGGAGAUCAAUGGAAGAAGUCUUCAAACAUUUUUGGACAAUCGAUCAAAAAUGUCCAAAACAUGGUUGCUGAAACUGGAUGGUGUUGAUUGCAGGAUAGUUCUGGAGAAAGACACUAUGGAUGUGUGGUGCAAUGGACAGAAAAUGGAGACUAUGGGGGAGUUUGGAGAUGAUGGCACUGAGACCCACUUUGCAGUGGGCAACCAUGAAUGCUGCAUAAAAGCAACAACCACUGGAAGGAAACAAAAUGGAAUAGUUCAUUCCCUUCUGGUGGAUGGAAUCAGGAUAGAAGAGGCCAUUGAGUAAAAUGAAGACUAAUAGUAUUCAGCUGUGCAAGACGUUUAGCAACAUUAUACUUCAUCGGAAUGUUUUCUUUACUUAUCCAGUGUGUUGGCAUCUGUUCAAAGUAUGGACAAGCCUUAUUUGUUUUAUGACUGAAAAAAGGUGUUCAAGUACCUUCAGAAACAUGCAAUCCCAUUUAAUUUGAAUAAAUCAAAAAUGUUGUGAAAAAAAGUA